UACAUUGGCGCCUUUCUCCGGGGGAGGGAGACGGAACAUACAUUUAGUUCCAGGCCGAAAAGAGACGACUCAAUAGCAUUCCGCGUCACAGACAGACAAGCCAAACGAAUCCAGUUUGUUGGCUAUGCGCCGGCCACUCGCUUGUGUGCUCGUUAUUUCGGUGUGUUUUUUGUUAGUGAUGUAAACAAAAAAAACUUAAUUUAUUAACAAAAUAAAUGUAUUUUUUGACAGAGCUGGUGACGUAAAAUGUAAAUUGUGUUAUUGAACAGUUUAGUGUGUAUUGUGGAGGGAUUCGGGAGUUAAACGGUUGCUCAAGAUGGCGCCGAUCCUAUUUCUUCAGCUGAUUUUAGCGGUUAUUGCUACCGUACUGGCUGAAAUCGAAAUGGAGUUUACGAAGUAUCCAGAAUCGGUGACGGCACCCGUCGGCGACGAGGUUACAUUCGAGUGUGCCGUCAGGGUGCCUGGGGAGCGCCUCGCGUGGCGGUGGAGGCCUGUUGACAAACCUGAUGAUGUAUGGAAGGACGUGCCUGGUGUCACUGACAAAGAUACCAUGUCUACCAGACUCGUUGUCGAGGUUAAGGACUCUACGCCCAAUUCCCUGUACCAGUGUGUCGUCUGGUACGGCGCGAUCAGCCUAGCCUCUAUCCCAGCGCGGCUAUCCAUCGCCCGUUUGGAGCUCAGUAGGAAUAGCCCCAGGAAGAGGAUGAUCACUGCUCCGGCUGGCAACACCGUGGUGCUGCACUGCAAAGAGCCGCAGUCGGAGCCCCCGGCUGUCCUCAGCUGGUGGAAGGAUACUGGAAGGACAUCUCGAAAGCAGCUAGACACUCCUCACGGCGUGCUGGUGAUCCACAACGCGACAGCAGCAGACAGCGGCACGUACGGAUGUACCGCCACCAACGAGAUCAGCAGCCAGGUCGUUGACCUCCCGGAGACCACCUAUCUGAAGGUGCAGCGGGAGAGUGGCAGAGGAGUCAGAUUUCUUGAAGAAGACGAAUACGUCGGUACAGUGGACAGCGAAGGGGUCCUAACAGUGCCUAUCAGACCAGGCGGUGCUCUGAGGCUGUGGUGUGGUGCUGUGGAUUCCCCCCCGCCGAGGGUCACGUGGACUAAAGAGGGGGAGAACAUCCCUCGGCAUCACGACAACGCGUUCGUCAUUAACCCAUUCACUUCUUUAGAUGAGGGGAUAUACACAUGCACGGCAAACCCUGCGCAUCCGAUCCGGCGUUCUUGGAAGGUGCUGGCGCUGCAGCCGCCUCGCUGGGAAGAGCCUGUUGCCAGCGUGAACACCACUGAGGGUUCCAGUGCCCAUGUGGCGUGCGGCACCCCGUUCGGUCAGCCCCCGCCUGCCAUAUACUGGCUGCUCAAUGCGGAGCCGCUGCGCGAAGCCAAGGGCAUCAGGGCUAGUGGUUCAGACCUGUACAUCGAGCGAGCAGAGAAGAAACAUGCGGGUAUAGUGCAGUGCUUCGCGUGCAACGACCUCGGCUGCGCGUACGACGCCGCGCUGCUCACUGUCGUGCCCAUGCAGAUAUCAGAUCAGCAAUAUCCUGCGGAAACAUCGGCUAUGCAUUUCCCAUCUCAGUCACCGAAACGACAUAACAGGAAGAAUCCUCGAAAGCAUAAAGCUGUGUUGAUCCCACCAUCGCGGCCGAAUGUCACCCGCAUGUCUGACGAGAGUGUUAUGGUUACGUGGUCACAUGUCAACCAUGGGCUGCCUAUCCAGUUCUAUAAGGUUCAAUACAGAGAGGUAACAGCAAACUCGUCAAGCAACCAGUGGCAUACAGAGAGCUACGACAUUCCUCCUCACAUACAUUCGUAUGAAGUUGACCAACUGAUACCUGACAGAUUCUAUAAGUUUCGCGUAGCAGCAGUAUAUUCGAACCAAGACAACAAGUCGGGAAAGAGCAGUGUGAAGUUCCACUUGCGGCGCGGCGGUCCCCCGCCCCCCGCGCCCGUCUUCACCAAGGCCGUAGCACUGUCUACCAACACCAUACAACUCAAUUGGACUUGGUCGGGCGCCCAUCAUCACGAGAACUCAAGAGACCCUGUUAUCGGCUUCUACGUGUACUACAGAGCCCUGUCCACGGCCGGGGCGUAUGAGAAAGUGAUCGCCCCAGUCACUUCUAGAAGCAUGGUGCUGACACAUCUCAGUCCCGACAUGGCGUAUGAGCUGAAAAUUCAGGCUUAUACUGAACAAGCGCCGUCGCCGUUCAGCAGCAUUUUGAUUGCGAAGACCCAUAAGCUGCUCAACACGACAGGCACCACUGAGGCGCCUCCAGACGAGGUGAAGUCUGAAGGCAGAGCCCCGGGCGCGCUGGUCACCGCCGGCGGGGCUCUGGGCGUUGGAGCCCUACUGGUGAUACUAGCUGUUACCCUGCUGCUGUGCAGGAGAGCCAAACGCCCGCCUGCGAACAAAGAGAAAGGUUCAGUGCCGGAGAGUGGCGGUACCAACGGUUAUAUUCCCGCGAAAGUUCCCAUCACAAUCACAGCUAAUCCCAUGCACGCAGAGGGCGGUGAUGGCAGCGUGGAAAUGUCAUUUCUACAUAACAAUAACACUGGCAGUAACGAUGACACCCUGCCACAUUCAAGGAAAAACGGACCCACCCGUCAGUACGUGUGAAUAAAUUAAAAAAAGAAAAACAAACGACUCGGCUCACAGUGACAUGUUUUUAAAAUAUUUCAGUGUUGCUGCCUUCGAAAAUUACUACCAAUAUGGUAAAAAUGUGAUAUCGUCGUAAUCGCCAUAUUUUGUGUACAAACUUACGACAGUACAAAAUUAUAUUUAUACAUUGUGUUGUUUGUGAUUUUGUGUGAGGUGAAGAGACUUGGCCAUGGAAACCGCUCUUAUACUGCGGUUAUAGAACUGUUGCAUUUGUGACUUAGUGGUAUAUGAAGGUUUCGAGAUUUACAACAACUUUAUUUAUUAUUUUAAUUUAAAUGUAAACUUGAGAUCUUAUAUUCAGAUCUGAAGUUAGAUUAUGAUUCUGUUUAUCACAAUUAAGAAAUCUUCACAACUUAGAAAGCUUUUCAACUAUUACAACUCUCACACCCCUAUACUAAGAUGUUUUUUUUUUUUAUAAAAAAACUCGAAUGUUCCUCGACUCCGGCCUUAAGGAAGACCUCGAACUCAGUUCAAAAUCGGCAUUCUUAGACGGCACCUCAACUUUAUCUCGAGUUUACUCCAGUGAGAUUCAGUGGACGCAUGACGUUAUUAUUUUCGUAUCAUUUUGUUGGCAAUAUAUUUUCGAUUCCAGUGAAUAAAGUCCUUAAAUCGAAGACGUCAGUGUUAAUUUAAAAUACUAAAAUGCUUAGCCGAGGUAGAGUCGUGUGGGCGAAAUUUCCUGUUAACGUCUUAGAAUGAGGGUGUAAGAUUUGAUAAUAUUUUGUAAUCGACUUUUUGCAAAAAAUUCCAAUGUUGCCAUGGGAAUAAAAUGGUUAUAGUAGAUAUACAAGGGAAAAUGGCAAGGUACUUAAAAGGAGGGAUUUGUGUUGUUGUUGACUGCGUUUGAAGCUAAAAUUGUAUUUAUUUUAAUUUUCAUCACAAUUGGGUAGUUUUCUAGGUCAAAGAUAAAUUAUAAAAUUCUGAUUACGAAAUAAAGACACUGACAAAAAAAAACGUUUGUUUUUCAGUGUGCUUUUUCAUACAAAUUUCAUAGUAAUUUCGUGCUUUGACGUUUAGUAAAAAGUAACUGAUUUGACUAGUUGGAAACUACCCUAUUCACUACUUAUCGUAUAUUUAUUUAUUUUCUAUUGAGGUUGUGAUAGAUUUCAGGCAUUUACAUGUAUCGUGUACCGAAUUAUUUUAUUUCUAACAGACUAUCAAGUACGCCUAGUAUAAAAAAGGCAAUGCCAGAUUUUGUAUGGACUUUGGGCCCAUCUUUUAAACCGCGUUUAUUCCCUGCAUACCAUUUAAAGCUGAUUUACAAUUUACAACGAAACUUUAUAGGAACAAGCUCUAUAUUUGGAUCUGGCAUCGUCAUUUUCUAUCAGGAACAAAACUUAUGGCAAAAUAAUGAUCAUUGUCAUAGCUUAAUGUUUAAUUAUAGCAAAGUAACUAUUUUUAACGAACGUAGUAUUAUAAUUUUAUGUCAUUUAUCAGAGAGUGUUAUUUUAAUUUGGAAUAAAAGGCAGUGUAUAACAUUGAAAAAGAAUGAUAAAUAUGAGAGACGUAGAAAAAAACGUAUUUUAUGUCAUAUUAAAAGAACACUCAAUUACAUCAAUGCAAUCGCUCAUUUUUACUCGCAUAUAAGACUGAAACGCUUUUAUUAGGUUUUACACGUUUAUACGGAAUCACAAAGAAUAAAAAAAAAAUACAAAAAAUGUGCCAAAUUAUUUUCAAUGAAACCGAAUUUGGGGUAUUAAAAAUAAUUGAUUUAUUUCACUAUCUAUCACGUAUUUUAAGUGAAAAUUUUGCUUGCAAUGGCUACCAUAAAUGUUGCCAUUUUCCAGAAAAAUGCUUACUUUGGUAGUUGAAUCUUAGAGGAUAUUAUUAUGUGAUUUGGUUUGAUACUUUAAAAGUAACUAGGUGCUUUAUUUUCCACGUCUAUCAAUGUUCAGGGGGCCACAAAGGCCACAUCGAAGCAAUUCAUCUUAAAAAAGUAAUACUUAUUGUUAUUUGACAUUAUCUUAAAUAAAUAAUGUCUUUAGUGUUGUGCCUUCAGAAAUCCAUAAUCCUAAUCCAUAGGCCGUCCGUUCCACGAGGGAUGUCCUCCGCCCACAGCCAUUUCAAUUUAGCAAUUGUUUGGGCUAUGUCGGUGACUUUGGUUCGUCUGCGGAUCACAUCGUUCCUGAUUCGAUCAUUUAGAGUCACCGUGCAGUUGUCAAUGCAAAAAUACGCAAUAAAAGCUGUCAUGUUUGAUGUGUUUUUGACUUUUAUCCUUUUAACAUUUAAAUUAAUGGCAUUUCAUUAUCAUAUGUAUUUAUUUUAUCCAUGGCAGGUUUACAUAAACAAACAACGACUGUUUUACAUAGCUUUCCUGUAACAAUUACUACGCUUUUGUAUCAAAACUAGAUACAUUUAUACAUAAACUCAAGUCUAUUUCCCACCGGGGUAAGCAGAUACUAAACAAAACUACUACAAAAUAAAACAAUACCACUCAAAACUACUGUAUGUAAUUAAGUAUUUAAUGUUUUAUGACAAUGGCAACAAUUAUUUAUGUUAUAUAUUAAAAUGGAUUCAUAAAAUGUCUCCUUAACAAAAAUAUUCCUGUGAGAAUAUAUGACUACACUGCAAACAAUUCAUAAUAAUGGGGAACUUUCCUCAAGAAUAAAAUAGAUGGUGUUGUCGAGUUUUACUUGCGUACAUGGUUUUUCAAAAAUACAAUGUAAUGGAAAAAGCAUAUACAAAAAUAAUUGUUGCUUGAUAUUUGGGUCACAUUAUGUAUAGAAUUAUGUUGCUAGCUAUAUUGCUUCUCUUUAUUUUGAUCAGAAUAAUAAUGGGUGGAAGAUAUAAUCUCCUGGGAGUAAUAAAAAGGGUCAUCAUUUAUACUAUUUAGUAAUGAAAUUUAAAGUUUAAACGAAGGAAAAUCUUUACAGCGCCAUCUAUCUUGUUUUUGAGGAACGUCGCCUGGAAAGUCUCUCAUUAAAAAAUGUGCGGUUAAUGUUGAAUUCAGAUAUCUAGUACUUUUAUAGACAAGCGCUUAAAAGGCUGUUUAGUGCACAUUUCAUAUCAUAUCACUAAUUAGAACCAGAGCACUGAACUGAUAUUUUUACAGGGUUGUCAGUUUUUGGUGAAAUAAAUCUCAAUCAUUGACUCAUUGGGCUAUGUUAAAGGUAAGUAUUAUCGAAAGAAGUCUAAAAAAAUAAAAUUUAAUGCAGUCAUAGAAUUAGCUCACUAUUUAGUUGCAUAAUUGUGAUGAAAUAGUAUCUAUUUUUUACUAUGUAAAUGGCAACAUUUUGCAUCUGUCAAUGUUCUGGCUUUAAUUUCAGAAUCGGGAUGACAACUAAAAUGCGAAUGGUUUCUUUAUUCAAUAAAAAAAAUGGUUUCUUUUUUCAAAACCAAUUUUAAAGCAAGAAAAAUAAUACCAUUUAUCUACUAAAAAACUUGUGUUGCCAUCCUUAUUCGAAAAAUCUCCGAAAAUCUGCGAAAUGACAAUCCAUUGAAUCAGGUACCUAUUAAAUUAAUUGUACAUAAAAUGUUUAUAGUGUGAUAAACACAGACAAUUGUAACACCCGGUUAAACGUGUAAUGAAGCGAAUUUAAAGUAAGCCCGCGAUGACAAUGGACAUGUAGUACGCUCGAAUAAACUAAAUUUUAA